GUUUCUAGGUUCUAUAACACUAACAACAACAACAAUAAUAAUAGUAGUAUUAAGCAACGACGACACCAACGACAACGAUACAUCGUUUAAAUGCGAUGCCACAUUAAAAAUCCAUCCGAAUCUGGCCGGAAUUUCUUUUCAGGUUUGCCGUUUGUGUUUCAGGCUAAAGCACCCGCCCUGGAGGCCGCGGCAGCAGCAGCUGCAGCGUCACCGUUGCUGAAGACGCCCCUCUCGACCGCGCAGCAGGCCACCUACGCAGCUGCAGCGACCUACACGGCAGUGGCUGCGCGCGCAUACAGCGCAGCUGCAGCUGCGGCACAACCGGUCGCAGGAUAUGCCGCAGUCGCGGGUUACGGGCGUGAAUACGCCGAUCCCUACCUUGGACAUGGUAUUGGACCAGUGGCCGGCUAUGGGGCGACCGUAUACAGGGGCGGCUACAACAGGUUCACGCCAUACUAAGGAUCGUCGGAUAUCGGAGCGCGAGCCUUCCAAGUACACCGUUAUACUCAGCUGAACAUGACCAGAAAAAAAAAGAAACCGACACAAUCAUCACCGUCAUCCGCCAUCGAUCACGAUCAACCCACGAAGCGAUGCCUGGAUCCUCCGCGCAUGCUGACGCUAGCCUUCUUCGUAGCCCCCGACGCGAAAGAUCAUCGACUUCGGCUCUCGUCGACGCGGUAACGGAAGUCUUUCAUCACCGGAAUCACUCCUGUCCGGCCACUAUGGACAACCAAGCCAUGGAGAAACUACCCAGUUAAACUGCGAAGACGUCGCGCAAAAAUUCCACAGAAGAGAAAUAAAAGGAAAGGAUGCACAGAGCACAAAUAAAAAAAAAAAAAAAGAAACUGCGACCGACGAGGAGAGAUUAAAGAUCGCGGCAGAUUGAAGAACUGAAUCGGAAUUAGAUUUGAAGGCGUGCUUCAAGUUCGAGAUGGUUCUCGACUGGGACGGCAGACGACAAAGGUCUGUCGUCGAACUUUCGAACCCUGAUCGAUAGUAAGAGGGCCGGGACGGGUGGGACAGGGACGGAUGGGUAGACAGGGAAAUUGGUAAACUGAAUUAGCAGACAAAGAGGACCCGGUUAAAUUGAGUUUUGUCGGGAACAUGUAAAACACUCGUGUUAAGUCGUGUUAAGAAAGUAAAAAACCUUUCGUCCAGUGUCCGAAUGGGGAUGAAACUUGCGAAAUAGAUUCGGUUCGGAGCGUCGUGGAGCCGUCGAUAUUCGUGUUUAAAGGAAAACAUGGCAUCGCUAAAUUCAGUUUAGUUGUCCGUUCGUGUCAGGGAGUUCAGACCCGGCAGCCAUUCUGUCGCAAAAUCGAAUGACAAAGUGGAGAGGGAGGGGAGGGGAGGGGCAGGGAACGUGUCAAAUUUAGCCGGUGUACGUGUAUAUAUAUUUAUGUAUAUACAUAUAUAUAUAUAAGUAGAUAGAUAUAGAUAAUUGAUCUAGAAAUCAAUUGUAAUUAUGCAAUUCGUUGCUCGUGCACGUUUCUAAUAAUCGUUCGGGAGGAAUGAAAACUUUAGAGAGAGAGAGAGAGAGAGAGAGAGAAAAGAAAAAAGAAAAAAAAAAAAGAAAACGCGUUCCAGGCAAGAAUUUUUAUCACGAACGAGACUGUGGGGCCGGGAGAAUGGCUUAGUAUUUUAAUCGCGUAAACGUUUACGAAUCGAAUUGAUUGUACGAUGUAAUUUUGACCAUCGUGAUCCAGCGGAUGGGUGAAAAUCACUGAGUCAUAAUAUACAAAGAAUUUUGUACAUACAAUUCAUUAUAAGAUUUAACCACGGAAUGAGAAUACUUUUGAAUAUGAAUUCAAAAAGAAAUAGGCAAUCGAUCGUUUCUUUUCACAUUUUCUCUUUAUUACUAUUAUUAUAAUAUUGCUAUUAUUAUCAUUAUUAUUGUCAUAUUACUAUCAUCAUAAUUAUUAUUAUUAUUAUUAUUAUUAUUACUCUUAUUAUUACUUUUUUUUGUCCUCGUGCGAGAAAUCUUUUUGAUUUUCAAUUUGUCGCUGUAACGGGAUCGCUCGAACGAAGGAUUCCUCUAAUCAUGAAUCGAAAACGCUAAUUGUCAGACGCGUGAUAAGACGGAACGGAACAGAGAUUAGCUGUCACUAAUGGCUGCCGGAAAGGAACUCUUGCUUCGUGUCGACCAGGUAAACGCGAUUUCCGGUGACAUUUGCCACGCGAUUGGCGAUUCGGCCAAUAAGGAAAUAAUACACGCGAGACGUAACCCUUUUUAGGUAGCUAGAGACAACCGUUUAAACCGUUUAAAGGAGAGGGGAAAACGACGACGAGAGUUGAAACGAAGCAGUUACGCGUGACCGGUAGGGUUUCUAUGCCAAAUAUGUGUGUGUCUAUGUUGCGCGUGUGUGUGCGUAGAUUAUCGCGGCUGUAAAGAGUAGUUUAGUAAAUACAGUACCGAAAGAAAGAGAGAGAGAGAGAGAGAGAGAGAGAAACCUUUUAGACAACAGGAUUUAAUCAAGUCAAUCUCUACCGGUUCCUAAUCGAGAUUAUGACAAUGUAACGCAGCUUUUUCUCAAUACUCACGACCUCGUCGACGCUCCAACUGCAGGAUCGAAUGUGGCAGCCUUUUUUUCUUCCUUCAAGGAUGGAAAGUUUUCAUUUCGAGGAUGAGAAUAGAAAGUUUGUAGAUCUUGGAGCUCGUUGAUCGAGGUUUCUGCGCUCUCUUAUUUUUUCUUUUCUUUUUUUUUUUAAUUAGGUUUCUGGCGGAGGAAUUGGAGUAGAAAUUAAUUCGCGGUGUCGGUGAGUUAUUUGGUUGGACGAUGGCAAUCUUGAUCUCAAAUUUAGAAACCCUCUCGAUCGAUUGGAAUUCACGCGCAACCCUUGCUGCUUUCUUUGCUGUUUUAUUAAUGAUCAAAGAGAAGUAUGAAUUCUUAUCGGCGAAUUUUUAUAUAUUUUUUGGGGGAAUUUCAAAGCUCCACGAAAUGCACAUACCGUGUAAAAAUAUAUUAUUACAUAUACUACAUAAUUUUACGUAUUACAUGUAAAAAUAUAUAAAAUAUUCAAAUAUAAACAAAUUCAAAGAAAUAAAUUUCUAUUUAGAAUCAAUCUCUCUUUAAUUAUGUUUACCUGCGAAGAUCGCAGCAGGGUUAAAUUUACAUAAUGUAUCAACUGAGAAAGUAAUUCCAAUUCCUCGAUAGUUGAAGUAUCUGCGUGACAAGUACAUGUACACAAUUAAAUUUAACAAAAUUGUAACGGAACUCGAGUCGAGUGAUCGAGAACGCUGAAACUGAUAGACUGAUCCUUUGAAUUCUGAAGCAAUCUCUAAAACAAUUUGUCUCAGUACACUGUCUAGUUCCUUACGUGAUAUUUUCAAUAUUGUUUCUCCAAUUAUUAAUAAUUAUCCACCGAUAGAUCUUCCUCUCAUUGUCACUAAGAAAGGAAACUAAACUAAACUCACUUACUCCUAUUUCUUUCUUUCUUUUUCUUUUUUUACACUUUUCAUCUCAAACAAUGAACGAAGUUCAUAAUGCUCGUUCGAGUUUAAAGUUCCUCGCGUUUAAAGUUACCGCGUUCUCGAUCACGGGAUUACCCGGUUUCUCGAAAAGAUCGG